CAUCGUGUGCCCGCCAAGAGCGAAGCAAAGCAGGACUUAGCCUUGAGGAGCCACACGCCGCGGGGAGGAUACAAAGGGCAGACAAGCGCCCAGGUGGCCCCGGGGCAGGACUGAGACCCCGAUCUUUGCCGGGGCGAGGAGGCUGGCUGGGAUGCGGGGGGGUCUCGCUCUCAGCUUGCUGGGCUGUGGGGUUCCUCGUUGCCCCUCCGGCGGGCACCCCUCCCUAGCCUCCGCCGGCCCUGCGGGGCUUUGCCCAGGAGGCGGGGAAUCCCAGGGAGCCCCUCCCCCAGGGGCCCCCCGGGCAGGCGGGGUCUCCUAGCAGCGCCCGGGCUGCGGUGUUUCCCCCGCGGCUUAGCAACCGCGGCUGCUGAGGGAGGUCCCGGAGCGGGUAACUGUCCGGGGCUGGUUGGCUGGAGGGCACAGGUGGGCCCGCUCCCGCUUGCCCGACACAGGUUCAAGUCGAUCUAUUAGCUGAUCCCAUGGGGGUAGCAUUAACGAGAGCAGCUCAAUGGACCACUGCUGGAUUUGGAGCUGGCACUUUAGAACUUACCCCUUUAAAUGAAUCCCUUCUAAAAGAUAUCGUCAAGUUUGUGGAGUCCUUCGGUACUAAAUAUCCUCAAGAGGCAGAAUUUGUUUUCAAAGAGUCACUUCAGUGGCCUACAACCUUGGAACCUUCAGAAUUUGAAGCAGGUUAUGUUGUCAGUGGAACAACAGUUAAAUCAGAAGAAAAUUCCAAAGAUGGGGAGCCACUACUGUUUUUGUCUGGAAGUGAUAUUAGAGUCAGCAGCUUUGGUCAACUGUCGCGCCUGUUACAUUUUGCCAAGGAUAAAAAAUUGAAGGAAGCACAAGCAUGUCUUGAAGCUAAUAGAGACCCUAUAAUGAAAAUUUUGGGAGCAGCAGCACAAGGAAUAGUGGAAAAAGAAGAAGAUGAUUUGACUGCAAUACGUUUCCUAGAUAAAAUGAAGAAAGAUGAAAAUUAUGAAAAUAACCUUAAAACAAAAAUCUCGCUUCUGCUGCAACAACUGGAUAUGAACCUGCUUGAUAGUUCUCUAAAAAAUAUCUCUUUGGAAACACGCUUAAGUCCAGCUUCAAUUAAAAAUGAUGUAGAUCUGCUCAAGCGUUUCUCAGGAGAAGGAGAACAAACAGUUUUGGAAUCUAUCAAUUAUACAUCAGACUUUGAAUUUGCAAAUGGGUGUCGGGCCCCACCUUGGAGACAGAUGCAAGGGGAAAUUUGUUAUUUAACCGUGAAACCACAUGAUUGUGAUUUUAUCUACCUGACUUGUAGCACAGCAGGAGUUUUUGUAAAUGGUGGCAUUGAAAGUGACACAGAAGAAAUUAACUAUGAGAGGUGCAGUGAAAUAUAUAAAGAUCUUGUCUCAAUUUUAAGAGAAAAAUCAGCAAAAUUUUCAGAAAAUAUAUCAAAACAGCAACAUUCAUUUUUUGGAACUAAAAAAAAGGAAAAAAAGAAGAAACGUCCACCUGUAAUUGAAGCUGAAGAAAUACCCAACCUUCCACAAACAUCUGCUGUUUCACAAAAGAGUCCAUCUGUAAAAAGACGCAUGGUUAGGAAAUUAGAACCGAGUUUAAAAUGGACAUCCUCUGUUACUCCGCAAGAGAAACAAGACUCAAUAAAAGAAAGUCAAGAAGAAAAGUCUCUUCCAACAACUACAGAUAAGACAAAGUCAAUAAUUUCUACGACCUCAACUGGAAGAUCACACUCUCUAACCGGUAAGAGUUCUAUCAAGGUAGAAGACCUGAUUAGUGAAAGUUCUUCUGAAAGUGAGGAGGAGGAUGAACAGCCUGAUCGUCAUCAGGAAGGACAAACAGAUUUGCCGUCUGAAUAUUGGCAAAUUCAGAAACUAGUCAAAUAUUUAAAGGGAGGAAAUCAGACAGCUACAGUAAUAGCAUUGUGUUCAAUGAGAGAUUUCAACUUAUCCCAAGAAACCUGUCAGUUGGCUAUCAGAGAUGUUGGAGGUUUGGAAGUCCUAAUCAAUUUGCUUGAGACAGAUGAUGUCAAAUGUAAGAUUGGUUCAUUAAAAAUCUUGAAGGAAAUUAGCCAUAAUCCUCAAAUCAGACGUACUAUUGUUGACCUUGGAGGUUUACCAAUUAUGGUGGAUAUACUUGAUUCUCCAGAUAAAAAUCUGAAAUGUUUGGCAGCUGAAACAAUAGCAAAUGUUGCCAAGUUCAAAAGAGCCCGGAGGACAGUGAGACAGCACGGUGGCAUCAAGAAACUGGUUGAGUUGCUGGACUAUGCUCAGAGUAAAACAGAUCCUGUUCAUCACCAUAGCAUGUAUGAGAUCAAGGACGUAGAAGUGGCCCGAUGUGGGGCUUUGGCACUGUGGAGCUGCAGUAAGAGCCACGCAAACAAAGAAGCCAUUCGAAAAGCUGGGGGCAUCCCUCGGUUGGCUCGAUUGCUGAAAUCUCCACAUCAGAACAUGCUAAUCCCUGUCGUGGGGACCCUGCAAGAAUGUGCAUCAGAGGAACACUACCGUGCAUCCAUCAAAGCAGAGCGGAUAAUUGAAAGCCUGGUGAAAAAUCUGAGUAGUGAAAAUGAGGUGCUUCAGGAACAUUGUGCCAUGGCCAUCUAUCAGUGUGCUGAAGAUGAGGAAACUCGAGACCUGGUUAGACAGCAUGGUGGUCUCAAGCCACUCGCAUCUCUGCUUAAUAAUACGGACAAUAAAAAGCGGCUAGCAGCAGUUACAGGAGCCAUAUGGAAAUGUGCCAUCAGCAAGGAGAAUGUAACAAAGUUUCGAGAAUUCAGAACUAUUGAAACCUUAGUAGGACUUCUAACUGAUCAGCCUGAAGAAGUGCUUGUGAAUGUGGUUGGAGCCCUAGGAGAAUGUUGUCAAGAACCGGAGAAUCGAGCUAUUAUCCGGAGAUGUGGUGGGAUCCAGCCACUUGUUAAUUUGCUUGUGGGAACAAACCAGGCUCUUCUUGUAAAUGUUACAAAAGCAGUUGGUGCAUGUGCAGCAGAACCAGAAAGCAUGACAAUAAUCGAUCGCUUGGAUGGAGUUCGUUUAUUAUGGUCCUUGCUGAAAAAUCCUCAUCCAGAUGUUAAGGCCAGUGCUGCUUGGGCUCUCUGCCCCUGCAUUGAAAAUGCAAAGGAUGCUGGAGAAAUGGUUCGUUCCUUUGUCGGUGGCCUGGAGCUCGUGGUCAAUUUACUGAAAUCAGAAAACAAGGAAGUCCUAGCAAGUGUAUGUGCUGCCAUCACCAAUAUAGCAAAGGACCAAGAAAAUUUAGCAGUUAUAACAGAUCAUGGUGUUGUCCCUUUGUUGUCCAAACUUGCAAAUACAAAUAAUGAUAAACUGAGACGGCAUCUAGCUGAAGCUAUCUCUCGUUGCUGUAUGUGGGGCAGAAACAGAAUUGCAUUUGGAGAACACAAAGCUGUGGCACCUUUAGUCCGGUAUCUGAAAUCCAAAGACACCGAUGUACACCGAGCCACAGCGCAAGCCCUGUACCAGCUCUCAGAAGAUGCUAACAACUGUAUUACCAUGCAUGAAAAUGGAGCGGUCAAGCUUUUACUGGAUAUGGUUGGCUCGCCUGAUGAAGUGCUCCAAGAAGCUGCAGCUGGUUGUAUUGCAAACAUUCGCAGGCUGGCUCUAGCCACAGAGAAGGCAAGAUAUAGUUGAAAUCUGAACAGAUUUUACUAGGUACUAAAUUUUAUGUGACACUGAACAUGUGAUUUCAUGGCCAGGCAGCAUAAAUAGGGAGGCAUUUAUUAGUAAUUUUUUUUUAAGAAUAAGAAAAAGGAAAAUAAAAUGCUUAAUUGAAAACACACAAAUUAAAUAUGCAAAGGGUGCUUUUUAACCUGAAAAUUGUAUGGAUCCUUUUAGAUAAUUUAGUGUUUUCCAGUAUAUCAUUAACAAAAUAUAUCCCUAUUAAAAAGUUAUGAUGAUUUCCCCAGAAAUUAACCCCAAUUUUAAAAAAAUUAUUUCAGUGAUACUUUUAUAUUUCUGUAAUUUAAAUAAAGAUGUGGCCUGCAUUUCAUGCAGCUCUACAAUGAUUCAUGAAUGUCUUCAGAAUUCCCUUUCUGCCAAACCUGUCUAAUCAGCCUGUCAUUAUGGUCUUGUCUGUUUCAUCACUCGAUAUCCACAGGAGAGCGUUUGAAUGCAGAUGCACUGAUUUCACAUCUGGUAUUGUAUGAGUUUAGAGUAAGCAGCUGGAACCGUAGAGAUCAUUUCAAGGUCACUCCAAAUUUCUCCUAAAUACUACCAAGCAUCUAACAAGAUGCCACAUAAUCGUAACUAUAUCAGGUAAUGCAAAACACGAACAAAUAAGCAAUGAAUAAUUAUUUUUGUUUUAAUUUUAACAACAUAAACAAUUAAGAGUGCUGUGUUCCUUACAAGGAUCCACCAAUCCUUUUAUUAAGACAAUUAAUUAUGCUCGUGUAAUGAUAGUGUAUGACUCCACAUAAAAUUAGUUUGAAUUUCUGAACCUGUUUUCAGCACACAGAGUACUUUUUAAAAAGUGGCCACAAAAGAUUAAUAGCAUUUUACCAGAUUAUAGAAACAUUAGAACCCACUUAAAGAAUCCCAUAUGUAAACUCAGUGCACUAAAUGUUUGGGAACUAACUGUACCCAGCAACUAAUACCUAAAAAAUUGCUUUGUACAUAUCAAUUCAGGAAACAGACUUACAACACUGACAAGUCUCAUUUAUUGCUUUGAAGAACAGGCUAGCAGUUUUUAUUGAAUAAUAGCAAGGACUGUGUAUAUUUGUCAUAAGUUGGAGCAGAUAACGAGCUUAAUUGAAUUAAAAUGUAAACAAUUUGUACAAAUGGGGGAAAGAUGAGGACAGCUUCAACAAGAUGAGUUAAUAAUACCAGUGGAAUAUAUGAUGAAAAGAUAUCAAGAAGCCUUUAAGAAUUUCUUAGUGUUUGUAAAAUAAAGCUGAUUAAUCUUCACAA